UCACUCAGUCAGUGUAGUAAAGUCUGCUGCCGGACCACUGCACCGCCGUCUGGAUACACACUGAACACAUCCAGCUGGAGCUCAGCCGCUUUCACGUCUUCACUUUACCUGCUUUAACGUAAAGAGAGGCAGUUGUGGCCUGGAGCGGUGGUUUUCAAUUCAGCCAGCAAUAUUUCAAGCAGAAACCCAGCAGUACAGAACCACAAACCAUGCCAAACUGGGGAGGAGGCAACAAGUGCGCAGCAUGCCGUGGGACAGUUUACCACGCUGAGGAAGUGCAGUGUGACGGCAAGAGUUUCCACAAAUGCUGCUUUCUCUGCAUGGUCUGCAGGAAGGGCUUAGACAGCACCACACUGGCUAUUCACGACCAGGAGAUCUACUGCAAGUCCUGCUACGGGAAGAAGUACGGCCCCAAAGGCUACGGCUACGGUCAGGGGGCGGGGACGCUCAACAUGGACCGAGGAGAGCGGCUGGGAAUCAAACACGAAGAGACACAGACUCACAGGCCGACCACCAACCCAAACCCAUCCAAAUUUGCCCAGAAGUUCGGCGGCUCAGAGAAAUGCGCCCGGUGUGGAGACUCUGUCUAUGCAGCCGAGAAGAUCAUGGGAGCAGGCAAGCCGUGGCAUAAGAACUGCUUCCGAUGUGCAAAAUGUGGCAAGAGCCUGGAGUCGACCACUCAGACUGAGAAAGACGGAGAAAUCUACUGCAAAGCGUGUUACGCCAAGAACUUCGGGCCCAAAGGGUUCGGUUACGGCCAAGGAGCCGGCGCUCUGGUUCACGCUCAGUGACGGCUGAAUCGCCCCGACAAUCACGAUACAUUCCCCUCUGUCCUACGUGAACAUCGACCAGCUCGUCUUUUCUUCCUCAAAUGCUUUUAUGUUGAAAUAGGUUCUCAUGAUACAAAUAAAAACAUUAAACCAAAA